AUGGCUCUCGCUCCUCAAUUCAAAGGUCAUCGCUGGGGUCCAUGCACUGCUGCUCAUGUUUUGGAAAUCUACUUGGAUUACGUGGAUGUGCUACCGUAUAUUGAACAAAGAUAUCCAGAUAAGAUUCAAUUCUUAUUCCGCCAUCAAGUUCAACCUUGGCAUCCAUCUUCAACCAUUGUUCACGAGGCUUCUUUGGCCGUCGAAAGAAUCAAACAAGAAAAUUUCUUAGACUUUUCGGCAGUACUUUUUGGAUCACAGAAACAAUACUUCGAUGAAUCGGUUCAUGACCUUAGCCGUAAGCAAAUAUAUCAAUCGUUGGCGAAACAUGCAGAAUCUGUUGGGAUUCCAGGCGAUCAAUUUCUUAAUUUGCUCCAUGUUAAUUCGGUUAUCAAUAUGAGUGAGGCUGCUAACUCUGGAAACGGAGUGACUAAUGAUCUUAAGUGGCACAUUAAACUAGGUCGCCAAAAUGGGAUCCAUGUUUCUCCCACGUGCCUAUGGGAUGGAAUUAUUGAAAAUAGCAUUAGUUCUGGUUGGGAUCUUGAAGAGUGGAAAAAAUGGUUAGAUAAAAAGAUUGAUGGAUGA